GGCUUCCAUUUCUUUCCUCUCUGUCACUGAACUCUCCCUCCAAACCACACAAAUCUUUUCAUAGAAUCCCAUUCAAUCAAACAAUCUCCCAAAAAAAUCACUGUUUUUCCCAAACACUCUGAUCAAACUGUUCUAUCAAUCCAUCAUCAUCCCAUUUGAUUUUGGCUUUGAUUUCUGGUUCUUUUGUGGGUUUAAAAUUCCUCUGCUGCACCAAAAGCUAUGGCCGUGGCAGAGUUCACUUGUACUCCCACUUCAUACAUCAUCAAUAAACCAAACCCUCAUCAUCAUUGUUCUUCCCAGCUUUCCUACGCAACCAACCGAAUUUCAAAAAACCUUCUUUCUUAUUCGUUCAGGCCGUACCCUCGAGCUCAAAAUGCCAGCAUUUGCUGCUCUGUGAAGGAAGCUCAAGCGCCGGUUGGUUUGCAGAUUGAUGAUCCUAAGAGGAAACCCGAGUGCUAUGGAGUUUUUUGCCUCACUUAUGAUCUCAAGGCCGAAGAAGAGACAAAGUCUUGGAAGAAAUUGAUUAACAUUGCUGUUUCAGGCGCUGCUGGAAUGAUUUCUAACCAUCUUCUUUUUAAACUUGCAUCUGGAGAAGUUUUUGGGCCCGAUCAACCUAUUGCAUUGAAGCUGUUGGGGUCUGAACGGUCUUUCCAAGCUCUUGAAGGAGUGGCUAUGGAACUUGAAGACUCCUUGUAUCCCUUGCUGAGGGAAGUUAGUAUAGGCAUCGAUCCCUAUGAAGUAUUCCAGGAUGUUGAAUGGGCACUCUUGAUUGGGGCAAAGCCUCGGGGCCCUGGAAUGGAGCGAGCCGACUUACUGGACAUCAAUGGGCAGAUUUUUGCGGAACAGGGGAAAGCUCUCAAUGCUGUUGCAUCUCGUAAUGUGAAAGUGAUAGUGGUGGGCAACCCUUGUAACACAAAUGCAUUGAUAUGUUUGAAAAACGCUCCAAAUAUACCUGCAAAAAAUUUUCACGCUCUGACCAGAUUGGAUGAAAAUAGAGCCAAGUGUCAGCUGGCUUUAAAGGCAGGAGUGUUCUAUGACAAAGUCUCUAAUGUGACCAUAUGGGGGAACCACUCGACCACUCAGGUUCCGGACUUCGUAAACGCUAGAAUAAAUGGUCUACCUGUGAAAGAAGUGAUAAAAGAUACCAAAUGGUUGGAGGAGGAGUUCACUGAGAAGGUUCAGAAGAGAGGAGGUGCCCUUAUUCAGAAAUGGGGAAGAUCUUCAGCUGCAUCUACUGCAGUGUCAGUAGUUGAUGCGAUUAAGUCCCUAGUAAACCCUACCCCCGAGGGAGAUUGGUUCUCCUCUGGAGUGUAUACCGCUGGAAACCCUUAUGGCAUAGCAGAGGAUAUUGUUUUCAGCAUGCCGUGCAGGUCAAAAGUAAGUUAUUCACCAGAGAUUUUAUCCUUCUAGCUUCAGAAUCCCAACUCAGUUUCUUACAGCAUUCUCUCAUGGACAUCUUUUUAUUUUAUCACAGGGAGAUGGCGAUUAUGAACUUGUGAAGGAUGUUAUAAUCGACGACUUCCUUCGAGAACGAAUUAAGAAGGUACAGUAAUUGGAUGGUUGCCUAUGACUCAACAUUUUUCAGUACUGAAACCAUAUCUGUUCGUAUCUUUACUCUUGUAAGCUUUCUUAUAUAGAGUGAAGCUGAACUGCUAGCUGAGAAGAGAUGUGUGGCACAUCUCACCGGGGAGGUAGGUGUCAGAUUACCACUAGCAUUCGCUACCAUAAAAAAUGUUUAACGUUUAGUCCACACAAUUUAAUAUUUUUUUUUUUUUCAGGGAAUCGCUGUAUGUGAUCUGCCCGAAGACACUAUGCUUCCUGGAGAAAUGUGACAACCUGCAAUUGAUUAUUCAUUUUGGGGAACUGUGGUGACGAUGGAGUCGUUUCCUGUAGAGUUCCUCAGUUGUCUGUCUGUUGAUUUAGUAUAGAAAAAUUGAGUAGACUUUAAAGGUGACAAUUUUGAACUACAAGUAGUAUCCCGAUUGUAUUCGAUACUCAUGCACUGUGUGGCUCUGAGCUGCCACGGCGGUAGGCGUCACAACUACAAAAUAAAAGUUCUCAGAACAGAUUCCAGGUCCACUGAAUAGUCCCUGUUCAUUCACUUCAAUUUUUUUUAUUCUUCUUUUUUUUUUAUGAAUAAGAAG